CGAAGCUUUGCUGACAAGUAUAAACGGUGACUUAAGCCGACUUGUACUAGUCACCGCCAGCAUUGCGAUUCAAAAACUACUAAGAACACUUCACGAAUAGAAGUAGCAUCCGAGAUUUGAUAAUUCUACGAGUGUGAUAAUUCUAAUUUGUGCUUAACUUGAGAUUAUACUGUACAAUUAUUCAACGCAAUUAGGAGCAGUGAAAUUUUGUUGAUCAAAAUGGUGAAAACGAAAUCCUCAGAACAGGAGGAAGAAGGCAUGGGUUUCAAGAACAAGCAGAAAGCGUUGGAUACUCUAAAAAUUUUGGACGGUCGUGAUACCAUUUAUCAAUUUCAUGUAAUCAUGAAUUUCAUCAGUCGCGCGAAAAAAACGCUCCAGAUUACACGGAAGGAAGAGAAACUGGCGAAUCUGCGUGACGCUCUGAAAGUCUUCGAAGAUUGGAUGGCAGAUUACAAGGAGAAUAAUCGAAGAAAAGAGAAUCUCGCGUAUCUGUUGAUCGAGACGAUCAAGGCCUUCCGUAGCCUCGCGAAGAAGUACGACGUGUGGGACGACGGAUUCUUCAGGGCAUAUAUGAACGAGAAGGGUGACUACAAAAGCCUACGGAAUGUGAAAGUUCCUAACGGAGACACCACGUGGGACAUCGAGAGAAACAGGCGUCUGAAGGAGAUCAUUAAUAGGAUCAAGAAUAAUCACGUCCAAUGGUAUGAGACGGACGUAGGCGAUUUUCGGGGAUUACCGACAAAGGAGCAUGUGCGAUGCAUCGUGCUCGGAUAUAGUCCUGAUCCUAUGAAACUGAAAAACUUGGCAGUUCAAGUGCGCGAAAAAUUCAAUGAAGAAGAUGAUGACAUGGACGUGGAGGAAGAACGAAAAUCUGGCAAAGGCGUUAAACGAUCUCGCGAUAAUUCAUCGAGCAGCGACAGUGAUAGCGAUAGCGAUAGCAAGCCGGAAAAAAAAUAUACAAAGCGUUCGUCGGAAGCUGAAGAGAACGAAAAGAAGGAAAAUAUGCUGAGUUUUAAGGAUAAAGACAAAGCUUUGCAAAGCAUCAAGUCCUUGGAAGGCAGAGACAUAUCUUACCAGUUUUACGCGAUUAGCGGACUGGUGAAGCGAGCUGAAAGAGUAAUAUCGUGCACAAAGGAUGAGCAGAAGAUCAAAAAUAUGCGGGAAGCUAUUGAAAUCUUUGAGAAUUGGAUCACCGACUACAAUGUGAAAGGCCGAUCGAAGGAGAACUUCAAUUAUCUAACAAUCGAUAUUGUGCGAGCCUUUAAAUCUCUGGCUGAACGAUACAACAUCGAAGACAAUGGUUUCCUCAAAAUUUACGAGGAGGUGAACGGCGACUACAAGAAACUCAGGUCUGUCCGAUUUCCGGAGUCGAACGUUACAUGGGAUGUGAAGAGAAACGAACAUCUUCGGGAGCUGGUGAAUUACAUAAAGGAGAAACAUGUUCAAUGGUUUGACACAGACGUCGAAUUCCGAGGUUUGCCUACCGCAGAGCACACCCAAUGUAUCAUGUGGGGUUUCAGCUACGAUGUCGCCAAGCUAAAGAAGCUACUACCCACAUUAAGCAAGAAACUCGAACCUGCUGAUUAACGUUAUGAUUUAUUAUAAUAAACAUUGGAUUACUAGAGCGUCGCUUUGAAAACCGAUACGCUUCCAUGAUUAAGCGUGACAAAAGUGAGAAAAAGUACAUUGUUGCACAUUCAUAUUUUUUUAUACGUUACACAUUUAAUUGUUAAAUGUUUUACUGUGGUAAAUAUUUUUUCACAUAUAAUUGUACAAAAAUACACGUGCAUAAAGCAUUGCAUAUUUUAAGGAUGUGCAUGAUAUUUAAUAUAGGUAAAGAAUUACAAAUUAGUGGUUAGAAAGAUCAAAAGACACGAGUAAUGUUUAUUGGAUCUAUAAAAAUAAAGUAGUUGAUUAUAACAUACAUUAAGAAUUAAAACUAGUUUCUUAUCUAUAAAUUAAUCGGAAACAUUUCGACUGUACUAAGUCUUCUUCAAUUUAUAAAUAAAAAAUAAUUAAACAUUGGAAAGAAAGAUAUAAUAUAUUAAAAACAUGAAACAUGAUAUCAUAAGUUGAACAUAAUACAUUAGAAAAAUGAGCGCGAGCGUGAUAUGAUAGACCAGCUACUGAUCUAUUAUGCCGGAGGUCCCGAGUUUUAUCCGCCAGAUAGGAAUCAAAAUAUUUACGCUCAUGUCUUCUGUCGAUAGUAUCCUUGCCCACAGAAACAUCUCUCGAAAAAUCCGCCGUUCAGAAUCGGCAUUAAAACUGUAGAUCCCAUAUGCCUUGUGGCAAUUGAAUAAUCAACGUAUGCAUCAGAAGCAUAUAAGAAGGGUAUAACAUUAGGCUAGAGGCCUGUUAUACCCUUCUUAUAUGCUUAUAAUGCGUACAUUAAUUAUUUAAUUGUAAGAAGAAGACAUUAGAAUGAUGUGAUGGAAAAACAUUAUUAAAAGUACAUAAUUUUUAAAAAUGUGAUAUGGCUCUAAGUUUAUAAUUAAUAUCAAUUCAACGUUUCAAUGUUUCAAAGUUAAAAUCGCAUGAUCACCGAAGUACUGGUAAAUAAAAU